GUGCUUUGAGCCCAUUAGCUGAAGAACAGUUGUCAAAGCAGGAUUUACUUCUCCUUGAAAUUCUGAGGUUCUUAUGCAUUUGUGUAACUACACCCCAAAUUCAGACCCUGAGCUUCCGAGCCUCUGAUGUGCGGAGGAAGCUGUUAAUGCUCACUGAUGGCACUGUCUUUGAUAGUGCUAAGCCUCUGCAUCUGCACAUGUAUUUGGUCCUAUUGAAGGAGCUCCCUGUUGAAGAACACCCCUUGCCUGAAGACGAUGUCCUUAUGCUUCUUAGGCCCCUUUCUGCUGUGUGUUCUUUAUACCGUCGAGAUCAAGAAGUUUGUAAAGUAAUUCUAAAUAAUUUGCUUCCUAUAGCAGUAGGGUUGGUGCAGCCCAACACACAUACUGAAGAGACAGGGGAUGCCCAAGGACAAUUUCUCACAGUUGUUGGAGCCUUUUGGCAUUUAGCUCAAGGAGGGAAAUGCACAGCACCAGUAAGAGUGGCCCUUUUAAACUGCAUGAAAGCCCUGCUUGAGGCUGAUCCUCAUUGCAAGUGGGCAAUCCUGAAUGUGAUCAACGAAGAUCUACCCGCGAGUGAUGCUUUCCCACAUUUUCUUGCAGAUAGUCAUCAUCAAGUUCGCAUGCUUGCUGCAAAGUCCAUUGCCAGUUUGUUUCAAGAUGUGAAACAGAGAGAUUCUUCUGGAAUGUCAAAACCCCUUCCCUUGAAGCUCCAGCAAAAGGCUUUUGAGAAUGCCUAUCUCAGAGUUCAGGAAGGAAUGAGAAAUCUGGUCAGGGGUGAUGGAAGUCCUGAAGACCUUUUGGACAGACAAUGUAAUGGAAAAGCUGUUUUGCUGAUGCUUAUAACCAUGGUUCUGUGCUGCAGCCCAGUCUGUGAAAAGCAAGCUUUGUUUGCCAUUUGCCAGUCUGUGAAAGAGAAUGGAUUGGAGCCUCACCUUGUGAAAAAGGUUUUGAAAAAGGUAUCUGACAUUUUUGGCUAUAGAAGUAUAGAAGACUUCAUGACAUCACAUUUAGAUUAUUUGGUGAUGGAGUGGCUUAGAAUAAAUGACAGUGGAUAUAGCCUGUCUGCUUUUCCUUAUGUUCUUCUGAACUAUACUAGCCUUGAGGAAUUCUACAGGUCUUGUUACAAAGUUUUGGUUCCACAUCUGGUGAUUAGAAGUCAAUUUGAAGAUGUGAAGUCGCUUGCCAGCAAGAUUGAAAAAGACUGGAAGCAGGUUCUAGCAGACUGUUUUCCAAAGAUACUUGUAAAUAUCCUCCCGUAUUUUGUCUACCAAAAUACAGCUUCUAAAGUCUAUGACAUGCUUAAGGAUGAGAACUGCUUAGGAAAACAGCAAAUAGACAAUUUAUCGCAUGAUAACUUACCAGAGAUUGUGGUUGAACUGUUGAUGACCUUACAUGAACCACUUGAUAGCACGAUAGAAGAAGGUGCUCACCUAAGUAAAUAUACAAGGGAACUGGAUCCUGCUCCUAAUCCUCCUCAUUUCCCAGCUUAUGUGAUUAAAGCAACCUUGGACUUCAUUAGCAAUUGUCAUAAAAGCAAAUUAAAAAGUCUUGUAGCGGUUCUUUCUAAAAGCCCUGAUUCAUUCCAGAAAAUCCUUCUAGCCCUUUGUAAACAUGCAUCAGAUACAAACAAUAUUUACAAGAAACACAGAGUUCUUAUAAUUUAUCACUUGUUUGUUACUCUGUUACUCAAAGAGAUAAAAGAUGGUUUAGGAGGAGCAUGGGCUUUUGUUCUCCGGGAUGUAAUUUACACCCUGAUACACCACAUCAAUAGCAGACCUGUGAUUAUCAGAGAAAUAUCCAUGCGCAGCUUUUCCCUCUGUUGUGAUCUUCUUCAUCAUGUUUGUCACACAGCAGUUACGUGCUGCAAGGAUGCUCUAGAGAACCACCUUCAUGUUAUAGUGGGAACACUAACACCUCUUGCCGUGGACCAGCCUAAGAUUCAGGAACAGGUCUUAGGCUUGUUGAAGUAUCUGGUGAUAGAUAAUAAAGAUAAUGAAAAUCUGUACCAAGCAAUCAAGUGCUUAGAUCCUUUUCCUGAAUAUCCUGCUUUUAAAGAUUUGCGAGCAACUCAGCAGAAAAUAAAAUACAGUAAAGGACCAUACUCUCUUCUGGAGGAAAUUAAUCACUUUCUCUCAGUUGGUGUUUGUGGUUCUCUGCCCUUAACGCGGCUGGAAGGACUGUAUUAUCUACGCAAACAACUGGAGCAGUACAAAGAUCAGAUGAAGGAUCUCCUGAAAAAUUUCCAAGAGAAGCCAGAAGAUUCUGUAGUAGUGAAAUUGGUGGUGAGCUUACUGCAGCUGUCCAAGCUGGCCGUUAACCAUACGGGAGCAAAAGCGGUGCUGGAGGCUGUUGGAAGCUGCUUGGGAGAAAUUGGUCCCAUGGAUUUCUCCACCAUAGCUCUUCAGCGUGAAAAUGCACUGGAUUCUAAAGCAGUAGACUUGCUUGAAGAUAGAACACUUCAAUGGGUCUUCAUAAUGUUAACUCAAAUAAAUAUUGCUUUAACAGAUAAUUGUAUUGAUGUUAGAGCUGCUGCUGUUUCCUGUUUGAAAAACAUAUUAGGCACCAAGUCUGGCAGUGAAUUUUGGGAAGUUUAUAAAAAUGAAGCUGAUCCCAUGUUAAUCUAUCUGCAGCCUUUCAGGAUGUCUAGGAAAAAGUGUUUUGUAGUACCUGCUAAUGAUACAGAGGCUUCUUUAGAAACUUUGGAUGACACCAACCUGUGGAUUCCUCUAGGAGAAAGUCAUGAGACCUGGAUCAAGCGCUUAACCAGUUCAAUACUGGACAGUGGAGGUGUGCAAAAUGAAGUUCUCCAGCUAAUGAAGCCACUGUGUGAGGUGAAAACAGACUUGUGUCAAACUUUGCUUCCAUACCUGAUUCAUGAUAUCCUUCUUCAUGACCCAGAUGAGUCUUGGAGAAAUCUUUUGUCAAAUCACAUCCACAAGUUUUUUACAGCCUGUUGCAGAUUUGCCUCAUCUAGUAGAUCUACUACACCUCCAAAUUCUGAUUCAGAUCAAGAAACCCAGAAUUCCAGAAGUCUGGAUAAAGUAUCUCGACGAUCUAUGCUUGCUGUUGUUGAUUACUUACGAAGACAAAGGAGAUCUAUUUCAGGUACAGUUUUUGAUGACAGCUUCUGGCUAGACCUGAAUUAUCUUGAGGUUGCUAUAGCAGCACAGUCUUGUGCUGCUCACUUCACAGCCUUGCUCUACACAGAAAUCUACGCAGACAAGAUAAACAUAGACAAACAGCAAGAAAGGUCAUCAUUUAAAGCAGCUAAGAGUUUGACAUUUGAAGAAGAAAGUCAAAGAACAACUAUUACUAGUUUGAAUGAAAAAAGUAAAGAAGAAACUGGCAUAAGCUUACAGGACCUUCUCAUGGACAUAUAUAGAAGCAUUGGAGAACCUGACAGUCUCUACGGUUGUGGUGGAGGAAGAAUGUUACAGCCAUUAGCACGGAUAAGAACGUAUGAGCACGAAGCAGUGUGGGAGAAAGCCCUUGUAACAUAUGACCUCGAGUCAAGCCUCUCUCCAUCUACUCGCCAGGCAGGAAUAAUAGAGGCUUUGCAGAAUUUUGGGCUUUGCCACACGCUGUCCACGUAUUUAAAAGGACUGGAACAUGAGAACACGGAGUGGUGCGCGGAACUGCAGGAGAUGCGCUACCAGGCAGCGUGGCGGAACAUGCAGUGGGGCCACAGCUCCUCUGCCAAAGACGACACAGGACGACCAGGGUACCAUGAAUCACUGUAUGAUGCUCUUCAGUCUUUACGAGAUAAGGAAUUCUCUGCUUUCUAUGACAGUCUUAAAGAUGCCAGAGUGAAUGAAGUAGAAGAGCUGUGCAAAGGCAGUCUUGAGUCUGUUUAUUCAUUAUACCCAACACUUUGCAGACUACAGCUAAUUGGAGAAUUAGAAAAUAUAGGUCUGCUGUUCUCCAGAUCUGUUACUACUCAACAACUGAAUGAUACUUACUUGAAGUGGCAGAGACAGUCCCAGCUUCUCAAGGACAGUGACUUCCGUUUCCAGGAGCCGAUUAUGGCUCUGCGCACUGUAGUUUUGGAGAUUUUGCUUGAAAAGGAGAAUGAAAAUACCAAAAGAGAAUGUAUUAAAAACAUCCUAACCAAACAUCUAGUGGAGCUCUCUAGAUUGGCAAGAACUGCUAAAAAUACACAGCUUCCAGAAAGAGCUAUGUUUCAGAUCAAACAAUACAAUCCAUCAGUUUAUGAAGUUUCUGAAUGGCAACUAGAAGAAGCUCAGGUUUUCUGGGCUAAAAAGGAAGAGAGUCUUGCACUGAAUAUUCUUAAAAGGAUGAUAAAAAAAUUAGAUGCAGAUUUGUUUCAGGUUGAGAAAGAUCCUCAUCUGAAAUUGAUGUACACAGAGUGCCUGAGGCUAUGUGGAACCUGGUUAGCAGAAACAUGCUUGGAAAACCCUACAGUCAUCAUGCAGAAGUACUUGGAAAAGGCUGUGGAAAUAGCUGCAAGCCACAGUGGAGACAGCAGUGAUGAGCUGAAGAAAGGAAAGAUGAAGGCUUUCCUGUCUUUGGCUCGUUUCUCAGAUAAUCAGUACCAGAGAAUUGAGAAUUACAUGAAAUCCUCAGAGUUUGAAAAUAAACAGGCAUUACUGAAGAAGGCCAAGGAGGAGGUCGGCCUCCUCAGGGAGCGUAAAGUCCAGACAAAUAGAUAUACAGUGAAGGUCCAGAGAGAACUUGAGCUGGAUGAAUGUGCCAUACAUGCCCUAACUGAGGAUCGUAAACGUUUCUUGUGUAAAGCAGUGGAGAAUUAUAUCAGCUGUUUACUAAGUGGAGAAGAACAUGACAUGUGGAUCUUCCGACUCUGUUCCCUAUGGCUUGAAAAUUCUGGGGUUGAUAGAGUCAAUGAAAUGAUGAAGAAAAAUGCAGAGAAAAUCCCUUCAUACAAGUUUUUGCCUCUCAUGUACCAGCUGGCUGCUCGGAUGGGAACCAAGAUGAUGAGUGGCUUAGGAUUUCAUGGAGUUCUGAAUAAUCUAAUGUCUAGAAUUUCUCUGGAUCAUCCACACCAUACUUUGUUUAUAAUAUUUGCUUUGGCAAAUGCUAACAAAGAUGAACUCCUCACAAAACCAGAUGCAAUAAGAAGAACUAAGUUAAUUAAAAAUGCACCGAAAGAAAUCUCCCAGCUUGAUGUGGACAGAAUGGAGGCUGCAAGGAAUAUAAUCAAUACUGUAAGAAGGAGGAGAGCUCGUAUGGUUAGAGACGUUGAAGCACUCUGUGAUGCCUACAUCACGUUAGCAAAUGUAGAUGCUACUCCAUGGAAAUCUCAAAGAAAAGGAAUAAGUAUUCCAGCUGACCAGCCAAUUACUAAACUGAAGAACCUAGAGGAUGUUGUUGUUCCUACCAUGGAAAUUAAGGUGGAUCCCACAGGACGAUAUGAAAAUUUGGUGACAAUAAGGUCUUUUAAGCCAGAAUUUCGCUUAGCAGGAGGCCUAAAUCUGCCUAAAAUAAUAGAUUGUGUAGGAUCGGAUGGUAAAGAAAGGAGGCAGCUGGUUAAGGGGCGUGAUGACCUGAGACAAGAUGCUGUUAUGCAGCAGGUUUUCCAGAUGUGCAAUACAUUGCUCCACCAAAACACUGAAACACGAAAGAGAAAAUUAACUAUCCGAAGAUACAAGGUGGUUCCCCUUUCUCAGAGGAGUGGUGUUCUCGAGUGGUGCUCAGGAACAACUCCCAUUGGGGAGUUCCUUGUGAACGCUGAAGAGGGAGCUCACAAGAGAUACAGGCCAAAAGAUUACUCCUGUUAUCAGUGUCAGAAAAUGAUGAUGGAUGCACAAAAGAAACAUUCUGAAGAGAAAUACAACAUCUUCAUGAAAGUCUGCGAGAAUUUUCAGCCUGUGUUUCGUUAUUUCUGCAUGGAAAAGUUCCUGGAUCCAGCUGUGUGGUUUGAAAAACGCCUGGCGUACACCCGCAGUGUGGCGACAUCCUCUAUAGUUGGCUACAUUCUUGGACUUGGAGACAGACAUGUUCAGAAUAUCUUGAUAGACGAGCAAACGGCAGAGCUAGUGCAUAUAGAUCUGGGCGUUGCUUUUGAGCAAGGUAAAAUCCUUCCCACACCAGAGACUGUCCCAUUUAGACUAACCAGGGACAUUGUGGAUGGAAUGGGUAUUAGUGGCGUGGAAGGAGUCUUCAGGAGAUGCUGUGAGAAAACAAUGGCUGUUAUGAGAAAUUCUCAGGAAGCUUUGCUGACUAUUGUAGAGGUGCUGCUCUAUGAUCCUCUUUUCGACUGGACCAUGAACCCCUUGAAAGCUCUGUAUUUGCAGCAGAGACCAGAGGAUGAGGCUGACAUGAGCUCUGCACUUGGUACUGACCCACAAGAAUGUAAAAGAAAAGCCAGCGAUGACCAGAGCUUUAACAAAGUGGCUGAGCGUGUUCUGAUGAGGCUUCAGGAGAAGCUGAAGGGAGUUGAGGAGGGGACGGUGCUCAGCGUGGGAGGGCAGGUGAACCUCCUCAUACAGCAGGCCAUGGACCCUAAAAAUCUGAGCCGACUCUUUCCUGGAUGGAAACCCUGGGUGUGA